AUGAACCGCCACGUUCCGGGCAAGGCGGUGGUCGGGCGCGUGAACAAGACGUCCAGCACCACACUCUCCGGAGACGCGGAUGCCAUUGACAAGCUGUUCUUGCUGGUCAAGGGAGACGAACACGUCGCGCUGAAUAUCAACUAUGAUGUCGCCUGCCACACUCUACGCAUGCAAGCCGUUCUCGACAAAUUUCGCCAAUACCCAAUUCACAUCACGCCGCUUUUCGAGAACCCACAUGAUGCGAAGUUUUCUUUCACCUCUGCACUCGGGCAUUUUCAACAGCAGCGAGCUUGGACCGGAAUUUGGUCUCCAACAUGGCCAGCCAGAUCAACCUCACUGGCGGUAGGCAGACUAUGA